AUGCGUGGACACCGUCUGCUCUGUGAUCACACAUUUGCUGACAAAAAUAAUAUUUACAAUAUUUUGAAUAACUCUCUUUCGUUCUUUAAGUUUUGGAAAAUGCGAAUAAACUGGAUUCACCAUUAUGCCCCUAAAAUAAGUGGCUCUUGCUCUUUUGUCAUCAAUCUACUGAGCAUCUAUAUUGCUCAUGAUGAGAGAAAAACUCAUCUGGGUAAUUAUAGAAUUUUAUUAAUAUUUUUCUCAAUUUAUAACAUUUUAAAUUCGACAAUCGAUGUGUUCAUGCCAAUGUCUUCUUUGGACUAUAAAUAUGCAUUUUCAUAUUUUAUUACGGAUGGAAUUUUCGAAAAGAAAUCAUUAUUUAGAACAAUUGCUUUAUGCCUUAGAGGUAGCUUCAUAUUCGCUACAUAUCCAAUUUUACAUGCACAUUUUUUGUAUCGGUAUAUGGUGCUUUUCAGGAGCACCUUUCUCUCUUCAUGUUUCAUUCCUUAUGGUAUAAUAUGUUCAGUUUCCUAUUGCCUAACUAUCAUAGGUUUUACAUUUACGAUGGCCUACUUCUGGAUGGUGGCUGAUACUGAGCGGUUGACAUAUAUGCAAAAUAUUUUCCUGGAAGAGUUUAACCAAAAUGUCGAUGAUUUGAAUAUUUUUAUUGUGAUUUACCAUGAGACUAGUCCAGCUGUUUUGUGGAAGUCUUGGAGUGCAAUACUGAUAUUAACUACGUUAUCCGUAAUUUCUCUGGUGAUAAAUUCAAUUUUCAGUAUUUUAAUCAUUACAAAACUGAAAAGUGAAAAUUUGUCAAUGAGCAACACUACAAAACGUCUGCAGAAACAAUUGAUAAAAGCUCUGAUCACUCAAUCAACUAUUCCAAUUCUUGUAUGCUUUACUCCAUGCUUAAUUAGUUGGUAUCUUCCAGUUUUUGGCAUUGAUAUUGGAAAUGGGAUACAUUGGGCUUUGUCGGUGGCUCUGUCAUUUUUUCCAGUUCUGGACCCGCUUUCAUUAUUUUUCUUCUUACCAAUAUUUGGAGUGAGAUUGCGAGAGAUUUUUGGAAUUAAACGUAGAGUUGCAAUACGAACGACUGAUGGGACGUUGCACGAAGAAUCAAGAAAGAAUAACAGCCUUAACGCUAUAAAAGUUAAUAAUUGA